AUGAAUCGGCUACUACCAUCAAGCCUAGUGCCAGAUGAAACAAGCCCCGAAUGGAUGAACAAGGGGGAUAACACGUGGCAGCUAACGGCAGCUACUCUUGUUGGGCUCCAAAGUGUUCCGGGUCUUGUUAUACUCUACGGUAGCAUAGUUAAAAAGAAAUGGGCCUUGAACUCGGCAUUCAUGGCACUGUACGCAUUUGCUGCGGUUUUGGUUUGUUGGGUGGGGUGGUGCUACCAAAUGUCGUUCGGUGAGAGGAUUUUUCCGUUUCUGGGUCGUCCAAACGUGGCCUUGGAUCAGAAAUUCCUUCUGCGCCAAGCUUUUUCAGGGAACUUUCCCAAUGCCACCAUGGUUUACUUUCAGUUGGUUUUCGCGGCUAUCACGUUGAUUCUCAUAGCAGGAGCGUUGCUUGGGAGAAUGAACCUUCAUGCGUGGAUGUUGUUUGUUCCUCUCUGGCUCACCUUCUCUUACACCGUUUGUGCCUUCAGUAUAUGGAGCACUGAUGGAUGGUUAUUCAAGAUGGGUCUCAUUGAUUAUUCUGGUGGCUUUGUUGUUCACCUUUCUUCUGGGGUAGCCGGUUUCACCGCAGCAUCCUGGGUUGGACCAAGGGCAAUGAAGGAUAGAGAGAGGUUUCCUCCAAACAACAUACUUCUAAUGCUGGCUGGGGCUGGCUUACUAUGGAUGGGAUGGACUGGAUUCAACGGUGGAGAUCCUUACACAGUGAGCAUAGAUGCAUCUCUUGCCGUCCUUAACACCCACGUGUGCACGGCCAUGAGCUUGUUGACUUGGCUUCUCCUUGACAUCCUCUUCUUUGGAAAGCCUUCUGUGAUUGGAGCCACUCAAGGCAUGAUCACUGGCUUGGUUUGCAUCACACCAGCAGCUGGUGUGGUGCAAGGUUGGGCAGCAAUGAUAAUGGGAAUGAUGUCUGGAAGCAUCCCAUGGUACACAAUGAUGGUCCUCCACAAAGAAAUUAAGCUCCUAAAACAGGUGGAUGAUACUAUGGCAAUAUUCCACACCCAUGCUGUGGCUGGUUGCUUAGGUGGCAUUCUAGCUGGCUUCUUUGCUGACCCUAAGCUUUGCCGUCUCUUCUAUCAGGUACAAGAUUGGCAACACUAUACUGGCCUUGCUUAUGGCAUAUUGACAGGGAGGGCCAAGGCAGGGUUCAAGCAAAUGGGGGUUCAGUUCCUUGGCAUUGUUUUUGUGAUACUUCUCAAUGUCACCACUACUACCAUUGUGUGUCUCUUGGUUAGGACCAUAGUUCCAUUGAGGUUAUCCGAAGAUGACUUGCAUGUUGGGGAUGAUGCUGUGCAUGGUGAGGUUGCCUAUGCAUUGUGGGGCGAUGGAGAGAGACUUGAGACUACCAAUGUUGACACUACGAAUUUUGAUGAAAGGAAUAAUCGUCAAUGGCCAACUUUGGAGCUAAAAAAUUCGAAUGAUGUUCAAUUGAAAUGA